UCAGGAGUCACGGUGAAGUGGGUUUUCCGCGUUGAGGGGAAAUUAAAACUAUGUUUUAGAGUAAAUUCAGACCUACUUUUGUGUCCGGUUGUAAUGUAGGCGAGUUAUUUAUCUUUCUUCACGGCGCUGAUAAAGCGCAUUCAAACUCGCGCUGAAAUAUUUCUGAGGUAAAUUAGCCGGCUAGCUGAGGGGAGUCAGAGCUCAGUUUCCGCUCGAUGCCCGAGCACUUCUCAACUCAGGCGGGUCAAAAUAGUUCUCAGGGUUACCGAGAGUGCUGUUUAGUGUGUGAGAGAGACAGAGAACCGAAAAGUGGCCUGAGACGCGUAAAGUUACCUCAGAAACCUGUAAGCUUUAGCUUGAACUUUGUCACCAAAAUCGUCGGGUUAAAAGCGCACACCCUGCGUCCUUCUGCACGAGGUAGGGUUCGAGACUCGCACAGCGGCUUCCCGGUGCUGAGUGACUGCGGGUUCGGGACGGAGACUGGAGCGUCUCGAGUGUCGGAGUGUCGGGCGCGCUGCUGGGAAUAAGCUAGCUUAGCUUUACCACAAUGAAUUUAUGAUUUUUUUUUAAUUCCUGUUUAGACCCCGAGGAAGAGAAACAAGGUGUGUAGGUUUCUUUCUUUCUUUCUUUAAACCAAACAAAACCCGCUACGCAAAACGCGACCUUUUAAAUCCCCACCUUCCCUCCGGGUGUCGGUGGGAAAUGAUGGCCGGCGGGGCGCUUCAGCAGAACGGGAUCCCGGUGGCGGUGCUCACGGCUCAGGAGCAGCAGCAGCAGGUCCCGCAGUCUCCUCCUCCACCGCCGCCACACAUGGAGUCCGAGGUGCUGGAUUCCCGAAAAAGACCGCUGGAGACUCCGACUGAGGCAGGAAGCACCAAGCGCACCAACACAGGGGAAGAGGGUGAGUACUUCUUGAAAGUGCUGAUCCCCAGCUAUGCGGCCGGUUCAAUUAUCGGUAAAGGAGGACAGACCAUCGUCCAGCUGCAGAAGGAGACUGGAGCCACCAUCAAACUGUCCAAAUCUAAAGAUUUCUACCCAGGUACGACAGAGCGUGUGUGUUUAAUCCAGGGUACGGUGGAGGCGCUGAAUGGAGUUCAUAACUUCAUCGCUGAGAAAGUGCGUGAAAUGCCACAAAGCAGCCAGAAAAGUGAACCAGUCAGCAUCCUGCAGCCUCAAACCACCGUCAACCCCGACCGAGUCAAGCAGGCUAAACUGAUCGUGCCCAACAGCACAGCUGGGCUGAUCAUUGGUAAGGGUGGAGCAACGGUGAAGUCAGUGAUGGAGCAAUCGGGAGCAUGGGUGCAGCUCUCGCAGAAGCCCGAGGGCAUCAACCUGCAGGAGAGAGUGGUGACAGUGAGUGGAGAACCUGAACAGAACCGCAAGGCUGUAGAGAUCAUUGUACAGAAGAUCCAGGAGGACCCUCAGAGCAGUAGCUGUCUCAACAUCAGCUACUCCAAUGUCACAGGACCUGUGGCCAACUCCAACCCCACGGGCUCACCGUACGCCAACAGUGCUGAGGUUCUGCCUAGUGCUGCUGCUGCCGCUGCUGCCACUGCAUCCACACUACUGGGUCAGGCAGGCCUUGCCAGUUUCCCUUCUGCGAUGUCUGGCUUCUCCGGCAAUGACCUGCUGGCCAUCACCUCCGCCCUGAACACGCUCGCGAGUUAUGGCUACAACACCAACACUCUGGGGCUCGGCCUGAACCCAGCAGCCGCCUCUGGGGUGUUAGCUGCCGUUGCUGCUAGUGCUAACCCUGCAGCUGCUGCCGCAGCUAACCUUUUAGCAUCGUACGCCAGCGAGGCAUCCGGAGGAGCGGCUCACCCGGCUGCACCUGGGCUUGCUGGCUUCUCGCUUGGUUCUCUGGCAGCUGCCACGGGAGCUUCCAAUGGCUACCUGAACCCGGCCUCCUCCCCGCUGGUGGCCAGCUCACUGCUGGGGACUGAGAAACUUGCAGAGGGUGGCAAGGAGGUGUUGGAGAUCGCUGUGCCCGAGAACCUGGUGGGCGCCAUUUUAGGGAAGGGGGGGAAGACGCUGGUGGAGUACCAGGAGCUGACAGGGGCACGCAUCCAGAUCUCCAAGAAGGGCGAGUUCAUCCCAGGCACACGCAACCGCAAAGUGACCAUCACAGGGUCCCCGGCAGCAACACAGGCCGCGCAGUAUCUCAUCAGCCAGCGGAUCACGUACGAGCAAGGCGUCCGCGCCACAAACCCUCAGAAAGUGGGCUAG